AUGGAAAAUCGGUCGCCGUGGAGAUGGGACGGCGACUGCUGGAUUGAUUGGUUUGCUUUCCGGCGUAGCACGGAGUCGAAAUUCAAUUCUUGCACCACGGGAAACACCGAACGAGACACAAGGAGCUGCGCGACGAAAGGGGCGAAAUGCCAGAAGGCUGCAGUCUUGCUUCUUCACGAACUACAGAUCCAAGCAAAGCAUGCAAAUCCCGAGCCAAGCAAAAGCUUUCUGCCAAGCUCCGCUCUCGCUCGGAUUCUCGACCAAGCCGUGCAUGUGAACAACAAGGAAAGCACUAUACGCCUUUCUGCUCCGCUUGACCUCAUAGACAAGCUUGAGCAACGGUACACUGAACUUGCCACUCGACGCACAAGUGCGGAUCUUGGCUGCCAGAGGGAGUUUCAGUCCCGGCAGUAG